AUGGAGGUUGGGACUGAAUCCAAAGAGGAGCCUGUUUUUGAGGAGCUCAAGGAAAUCAGAGCUCAUGAGGAGUGUGACACAGUCACCUUGCACGCCCCUUUGGUGGAAGAGGAACCUGAAGAAUACACCUCUUCUGAUGAGGAUGAGGAGUCCAAGGAAGAGCAAAUUGCUCGAUUCCUAGCAAUCCUCAGGAAACUGAAGGCCAACUCCUCUCAUAUAGAGGCGCUGGAGGAGGAAGAUGAGCUUUUGGUACUCGCCAAGGAGUGUAGUGCCUUGGUCCAGAAGAAGCUCCCUCAAAAGCUCCCGGAUCCUGGAAGCUUUCUGAUUCCCUGUACUAUAGGAACCAUCACCUUUGAGAAAGCACUAUGUGACCUUGGCUCAAGCAUCAACAUUAUUCCUCUUUCUGUGAAGAAGAGGCUGGGAAUUCUGUAA